GGGCUGAAAGGACUGAGUACACACAUGAGAACAAAGAGGAAGGAGCAAGACUGAGUGCCUGGGUAACACUUUCAAUACCUCAUUAAGAAGUGGAGCUUCUGAGAAAAGCGGUUCAAACAUGUUGUGGAUUUAAAAGACAUGCAAGAAUGAAAUCUCUGGACUGAAGAAGGCAAAGCCUGGAGUGAAUCAUGGCCAAUGCGACCUCUGUGACAUCACCCAUGAAUCAGUCGCAGCCUGGCAAUAUCAUCACCCCAGAAUACAGUGAUGUGGAGCUUGUAUUUCUUGGCGUUGCUAUGGCUAUUCUUGUUGUAGCAAUAGUUUUGGGUAAUGUGAUGGUAAUUACCGCCAUCCUGCGCUUCCAGAGGCUCCAGACUAUCACCAACCUCUUCAUUGCCUCACUGGCUGUUGCUGAUCUCAUCAUGGGUGUGAUCGUGGUCCCUUUCAGCUCCAGUAACAUCUUGCUGCAAAGCUGGAAGUUUGGAAACUUUAUGUGUGACUUCUGGACGGCAACUGAUGUGUUGUGUGUGACUGCCAGCAUAGAAACACUGUGUGUGAUUGCUCUGGACCGCUACCUCGCUAUUACAAGGCCGCUCCGCUACACAACACUGCUCACCAGGGCUCGGGCCGUCAUGGUGGUGUUUGUGGUUUGGGCAGUGGCCUCACUCAUCUCUUUCUUGCCCAUCUAUCUCAAGCUCUGGGUGUCAGAUAAACCCCGGGCUAUAGAAUGCCGAUUAAGCGAGACCUGCUGUGAAUUCAACACCAACCAAGGAUAUGCAGUAUCUUCUUCGAUAGUGUCUUUCUAUCUGCCUCUGGUGGUGAUGAUUUUCCUCUACACCCGUGUAUUCCAAGAGGCUCAAAAGCAGCUGGAAAAAAUCAGAGGAAGGGAGCGGCACUUCUUCCACCUGCAUAAAUCUGCACAACGGACUUAUCCAGAUGACAGCCCCUCACUGAAUAAACUCAGGACAGGAGCAGAUGGAGAGGACAGACUAAACAUGCAGCAAACAGAGGACUCAGAUAGUAGGCAAGAAGAAAAGGGGGAAGAAAACAGAGGGAAGAUGGAAAAAGAAGGAAAGCAGUCUGCUGCUAAGCGUCUCAGGAUUUGUCUUUCGCAGCACAAGGCUGUGAAAACUUUGGGGAUCAUCAUGGGAACUUUCACAUUAUGUUGGCUACCUUUCUUCAUCCUUAAUAUUGUCAUAGCUUUUGUGGAUCUCAGUGGCAACAGGGACCUUUUCAGAUUCCUUAAUUGGCUGGGUUAUUCCAACUCAGCCUUCAACCCCCUCAUCUACUGCCGCAGUCCGGAUUUCUGGCACGCCUUUCAGGAGAUACUUCAUUUAAGGGGAGGGAACUCAAGAUGGAAGGGGGCAUUUGGAUGGUGCAGUGACAGACACGGUUACUCUAAGUCGCCACGGAGGCAGAACGGAGACUCGAACUUUGAUCGUGUGAGGGGUCUGAGCAGUCGGGAGAAAUCCGGCUGGAGAGGAAGUCUGGAGAGCUCAAUACGAGGCAGCUCACUGACCCUCGCUCUACAAGCAUCGGGUUCUGAGCAGGUUCUAGAUGUAGCUCCGGGUUCUCUGAGCAGCUGGCAGCAAAACAGCUCUGACAGUAGGACUUGUAGAGAAAAUAUUGCUUCUAUUGCUUGACCAAAACUAUGUAUGAAACAUUGCACCCCUAAAUUAUAUUCAAACAGCAUUUGCUGAAUUGUUUGUGUGACAGACUGACUUAAGCUUCUGGUCUAUGAAGUAGCCAGAAAAUGUAAGGUUACAUUUGCUCAGUGUUUUUGUGGUUAUUCAAGGUUUCCUGUUCUUUUCUACAAUCGUUUUUCAAUUGUAUUUAAUAGACUAAAAUAAAUAAAAAAGCAAUCUGAGGAAAAAUUUGGCAUUAAUAAAUUCACACAAAGCAUUUAUUAUUUUAAUAUUCAAAAAUACAUAUGAUAUAAAUAUGCAACUUGUCAAAAUGUUUUCUUAUAUUUCUGUGCAAAUUGUGACUUGAACAAUAGAAAAAUAGGAAAUAUUGUAAUAUUAGACUUGUUGUAAAACAAUGGAGGAGUAUUGCAUUCAUCAAGAAACAAAAAGAUACUGGUCUGUUUUUCUGAAUAAAAAAUAUAUUUUUUCUGAAUUUAAAUUAAAUAAAUAAAUAAAGAUAUUCUGUUUGUGUGGA